AUGGGACCCACAGGAUCACCAGCCGAACUAGCCGGCCUGCAAACAGGAGACAGAGUCAUCGAAGUAGAUGGCACCAACAUCGAACGCGAAACACACACACAGGUUGUUGCCCGCAUCAAGGCCGGCGGCGGCUCCACCAGCCUACUCGUCGUUGAUAGAGAACUUGAUGCAUACUGCAGACGGAAUGGCAUCACAAUAAAAGAGAGUAUGGCGGAAAGGGGCGUGCAGGAGUCGCCACGGUUAAACGGUGACCACCUAGAAGUUCAGGGGGAGGUGCACAUUAUGAAUGGGAAUGCCAAGGAUAUGAUGGGUGACCAUGAUGUCAUUGAGGUAAAUGUGGAAGCUCAGGAGGAAUCGGCACCAGAUAGACAAGAGGAGAUAGAAGAGGAGCAUCAGUAUUCUGAGAUUCAAAGACGGGAGGAGGAAGAGGAGGUCGUAGAGGAGCAAUCAGAAAAUGAAGAAAUAGAAGAUGAAGAGAGGAGAGAAGUAGAAGUCGAAGUAGUCCAGGCAGAAGAGGUCAAUGUGGAAGAAAGCAUUCCAGCUCCACCCAUAGAUCGUGAUGAAGAGCCAGAAGUCAACAUUCCUGAGCCAGAACCUGAACCAAUCUUAGAAGCAGCCACCGUUCCUGAUGUGGAAUCUGCCCCACCCUUUGAUGACGAAACAGACACCCCUGCUUUCACAGAGGAGGAGCCAGAGCGCCAACCGACACCUGAACCGGUCAGAGAGCCAACGCCGGAACCAGUUCGAGAGCCAACGCCAGAGCCUGUUCGAGAGCCUACGCCUGAGCCUGUUCGAGAGCCAACGCCUGAGCCUGUUCGAGAGCCAACACCAGAACCAGUCCGAGAGCCGACACCGGAACCGGUCCGAGAGCCGACACCGGAACCGGUUCGAGAGCCGACACCAGAACCAGAGCCCAAGCCCUCUCAUCAACCUACCAGGGUCCAAGGGUCAACAGAGGAUGCCACCUUGACUACAGUACAGACUGAGUCUAUGCCUCCAGCCAGACCCGCCGCCCCACCCACCACGAGGCAAGCUAGUCUGAACAUCGAUAGCAACAAGUCCGGGCUGGAGCUGUCUACGAUGGAAAAGGCAAGGAUACUGGCCGCAGGAAGGAAGAAGAAGAAGCAGGCGUCGGCCAAAAACUGGGAGGAUAAAUUUGCAGCGUUCAACAAUCUAUAGGGCGCCGGUUUGCAGUGGUUUCAAUUGUACUCUGUAACAGUAUAUAUAUAGGUGUAUAACUUCAUGCUUCCAAUAAUCCACUAUGUGCUCACCACCGACUCUGCCUGCAUCUUUUCCUGAUAAGUCAUGUGAUCACUUGGUCACAUGAUCAGCUAAGGUCACCUGAUGUGAAACCCAAGUCAUGUGAUCAUCCCAGUUCAUCUGAUGUGAAAUCAAGUCACAUGAUCAUCCCAGGUCACCUGAUGAGAAAGCCAAGUCAUGUGAUUAUCCCAGGUCACCUGAUGUGAAAGCCAAGUCAUAUGGUCAUCCCAGGGCCUCUGAUGAAAAUCAAGUCAUAUUUCAUUACGCUUAAUGUGACAAUCUAGUCACAUACUUAUCCCAGGUCACCUGAUGUGAAUAUCAAGUCAUGUGACAGUCUCAGAUCACCAGCCAUGAAAAUCAAGUCAUGUGAUUAUCCAUGGUCACCUGAUGGGAAAAUCAAGUCAUGUUUUCAUCCCAGUUCAUCUGAUGUGAAUAUCAAGUCAUGUUUUCAUCCCAGUUCAUCUGAUAUGGAAACCAAAUCAUGUGAUCAUCCAUGGUCACCUGAUGUGAAAAUCAAGUCACAUGGUCAUCCCUGGUCACCUGAUGUGAAAGCCAAGUCUUUUGAUUGGUUGAAGCUGCAUUUGAAUGCAUUAUUUCAUUCUCCUUAGGCUCCCAGAUGACAAACGAUCAAUGUUACAGAUCCAUGAUUUGCUAUACUCUAGAACAUUUCCCUUUGAUAAAAAGCGCCCUCUUUUGUCAGAAGACCAGGUUCCUGUUCCAUAAAGACUUGGUAUAAUAACAAAUGCACAAUUUCUAUAACAAAUUUACCAUCAGCCAAUCAGACAGAAGGAUUUCAGUAGCUUUUAACUGUUAUUGCAAAUUUGUUACUAAAACAAGUUUUAUGAAAUGGGGGCCCAGUAUAUCAUAUUCAGAUUACAACAGAUAGGAUUACAACUAGUACAUAUUAUACAUAAUAUCACAGUACUUACAUGUAAAAGCAUAUGUUACUUGGUGUGAAUUCUAUAUUUAUAGUUGAGAACUAUUUUACAGCGUAUUUUAUUCAAAGAAGAUGUCAGAAAUACACAUCUAUUUAGUUUUAUUAUGUAGAACUAUGUAUAAAUGACUAGACUAGGGGUCAAAUCCUUGUGAGGACAUUCAUAAGGCUUGUCUAUGAAGGUGUAUGUGUAGCGUGUAGCUCCCCUCUGUUUUACAUGCAUUUAAAGUGGUUACGAGGUGAUUACUAUUAUAUUAUUACCAGAUUAGAUCAUCCACUUGCAAAUCUAUUCAAGCUUUUCUUGUUGAGUGAUACACUUUGCUGCUUUAGCCUUCAUGUCAAAAUUCUUGAAUUAAAUGCCCCGUACUUGGUCUGAACUUGGGUUUAAUGUAAACCCUGGCCUAAAGUUCUGGUUGAAGUAUGGAUAGCCAAUUGAGACAGAAAUCUUCAACAGUACAGGCUCGAUUCGCCAGCUCAUCUCGUACUCCGGUCAUUCAUAACUAUCUAGGAACGAUUACUGAAUUUGCUUUUCUUCGCCAUUGUAGCAUGAAGAAAGAGCACAAUGAACAUUAGAAAACAAACAUUGUUAAACAAAAUUUUGAAACUUUUUGGCUUUCCAUAAUUUUAGCACUGGGUUGGACCGCAGGCUAUAAAGUUAAACUGGACGUAAGAAUAAUGGCCUUACCGUAGUCUGUGUACUGUAUUUAAUUUCAUUGGCCCAUAUUCUGAAGUCAGAUUUAACGUAGAACAUGGUCGAACUCUGUGCUGAAGUUAUGGAAAGCCAAAAAUGUCAACAUUUUCCUUACAUUGUAUGUUUCAUAUGUUUACUGUGCUCUUUCCUAACUCGUGAAUGGUGAAGAAGCUAUCAUAAUUAUCCCUCCGAAAUGAAAGAAAAAUGAGCUGAUAAUGUUAAGCUCUACAGUCAGAGAUUUCCUUCACAAUUGGCUAUCCUUAGUUAUACCUUAAUUUGAAACCACGGUCUGAAUUAAACCCAGUUCAGAAUGUGGGCCAUAGUUUCCUAUAACUUUCACUCUCUAUGCUAUUGAAAUGUACAUAAACCUUUGUGUAAAAGAAACCAGCAAUGAAAUAGAUACGAUUCUGUGUCAAAAUAGCAUUCCUUUCAAUUUUCACCUCAAUUUUUGUUUGAAAUUCUAGUUUCCUUUAGUCUUUCCGAACCAUUUGUUACAUAUCUACUUCGAGGAACGAUGGCCUUCACAUCGGUUUUUGUUUGAUGUAAUUCUAGUAUGCUUUAGUUAUUCUUUCUGUGCCAUUUACAUGUAUAUUGUCCAGUAAUUGAUCGACUUAGGUGGUUGUUUGACAUAAAAAAGUCGGCUUAUACACUGAACUUAUACACGUAAGUCUGUGGGGGAAAGUUGGGACUUUUCUUUUCUUUCGAUUAAUACAAGUUUUCGAGUUGCACAAGGUCGACUUAAGCAGAGUCUACUCUAUCUACAAAUCUGCAUAAAAAAUGAUGACUUUGUGUUUGUAUUUGCCGCCACAGGUGAUCGCAUGCUGUUUGCAUUUGGUGUAAUUAGGAACUUGCAUGAAACUGUAGAGGGCGCUACUGUAAUAUUUGCUCCCAUGACUUUGGAAAUGAUACCUCUACUCAACAGACUUUGCUUCUGUUUGCCUAAAAUUCUAACAACUUACUGAAUUUUAUGAUUAUCAGAAUACAGGGGUAGUAAGCUCUCCUCAAAUUUCAUCGGUUUUUGACAUUUUUGGGGGGGAAUAUUAUCAGCCUAUGAAAUUAAGAAGUUAGGCAUUUAUAUAUUACAAAUAUAUAUGUUUUGCUUGACUUCUGAAUGUUUUAUAAAAAGUAUUUGUGAAAAAUCAAAAAAUGCAGUUCUUUGUUUAGUUCCCCAUACCCUUUUACUCAAGCAAUAGUAUAGCCAUUUAGAAGGACAUAGACUGCACUGUAUAUAUGACAUUUAGAACACAGUUUAAGCAAUAGAAAAAUAUAAUAUUUACAGUCUAUAGAUGUAAAAACUAUAUUAAAACAAUAAAAUUCUUGAAAUAUAUGUGUUAAAUGUACGAUUAAGUGUGAUUUUUGAUGCAUGUAAUUGUUUUGAUUACAAAACAGAGUUGUAUAUGACAAUACGAAGUUAUAAUUAAUUAUAGAUAUUUUUCUACAAAUUCAAACUACUAUGGAUCAUGAAUAAGUACUAUUUUUUCACCUUUGUUUUUUUGUUUCUUCCCUGCAGCCUUUAUUAGUGUUAGAUGAAAUAAUUUGAAUGAUUUCUUAAUAAUUAAUUGCAGUACUCUGAUAUGUACUCACCUUUUUCUAUCAUGUAUAUGCAGAUAGAUCAGUUUUGUUGAAGCAGUAAAUGUAUCCAAUAUAAUAUAACAUGUAACUUGUCCAAUACAAUAUAAAGUGUGUUCUCAUGUUUGAUUUGAAAGGAAAGAAAAAGAAAUAAAGUAAAUGCAUUAAAUCUUACUAUUUUGGAAACUUUGACAUAAUAGGUAUUGAAAUUACCGUGGAAACCUUGAAUUCAAUUGGCUUCAUAGCACUGUUACCAUGGUAAUUACAUGUACUAUUAUGGUAAAAGUAGCAUAAUGGUGAGUUUAGAAUGCAACAGAUGCUGAGUUUAUAUUGAUGGUGCAUUAAGAAAUUAUUAUAUAUCUAUUAGUAAAGGAGGGGGAGAAAACAAUGAUACUGGAAUUAAUUUUAAUACAUGUAUGUUGAUGCGUGGAUAUGUUAAUUACCAAAGGCCUAAAAUCACAUUUUGUGUUGACAAAGGCAUUGCACCAAAUACAGUCAUCAUGAAGUGUCCAAAUAUACCACAGUAGGAAAAAAAAAAAUCUUUUGAGUAUUUGAACUACACUGUCGAAUGUCUACAAUCUUACAACAUUGGUUUUAUUCAGUUCCUUUGGUAUUGUAAUCUCAUGGUAUCAAACGGAUUUAAAGUCAGUCACAAAUAAAAAUAUGAAUAUGUAUUGCACAAAAUUUAAUGGUAAUAUCCUCUGAAUUCCUCCUUGUAAAAGCUGUGAGGAAUGGAUGUACUAGUACACGUAAGUUUAUGAAUUCUGACCGCUAUUAUGUAGUCCCUCUCGUAGCCGAUGGGAAGAUAUUUGGGGGAUAUUACAUUCCCGUGGCAUAGCAAGUACUAUUGCCCCCAUUAUUUGCUUUCAGAAAUAGAGGGCGUCCUAUCUCUGUAAAUUUACGAUUUCAGAUUUGCAUCGAGGGGUAUUGUGUGGUGUAGUUCUUCCACAGGAAUUGGCGUGUGAUUAGUCAUAAAUUUCGCUGGCUUCUGAUCACAGGGCUUUCAAGUGAUUGGUCUUUUUGUCAGGGCCCUCAAGAUUUUAACCCUUUCCGAAACGAAAGGUUGUGCAGAUACAAUGGCUGCAUGUAUUUGUAACAAUGUGACUUACAAUACGCUUUACAAUCCGACUGUGCAUAUUUUCUGUGCAAGUCACAUUUCUUGCUCUCUCAAUAUGAUAUAUACAUCAUCUUUAUAGGAAUCAUCAUUACAUUUGCCUUUGAAAAUGAAUAUGUAUGCAUGAUUAAUUAUUGUGUGUGAAUGCAGUUUUAUAAAAGGUGUCUUAUUUCUUAAGUACUAAUCAUCAAUCGCUACAUCGAUCAUAAAAUCGUGAAUCCAUAUUGUGAUAUUUCAUAUAAUUAAGACUAUUGUACCAAGCUAUGGAACAAGGUUUUGGUUCCGAGAAUAGGUUACAUUUCUGCAGAAAACCUGGAAUAGGGAUCGAAGUAUGGUUUGCAGGCGGCAUAAGUCUGUAGGUUGGAAUUCAUAAAGAUGGUUUAAAUUUAGACCGUGAACAAUUCAGAUUUUGUGAAAAAGGUACACUUUAAUUUAGUGUUUUGACUUGGAAUGAGCCAUUGAUUUUGGUUUAAAAAAAGUAGAUGUGCUAGAUUUACACUCCUGAUCAUGAAUAUUUGGAUAAUUGUGCUUUAUUAUUAUGGUGCGAAAUAAUGGCAAUUAAACAUGAAUUUCAGUGUUUUUUUUGUUUCAAUAAUUUUAUAUAAAUCAUUCUUUCUAUUUGUAAAAAUACCAGCAUUUUGAAUAAAAAUUCAACAUGGUUAUCAAUACUUAAUGAGGAAUAAUUUCAAGCACAAGCAUGUUCUAUGCUUGUUGCUUGAAAUAUUGCUUCAUUUAUACAUGUACGUAUGAUCGUUGUUUUUAUUGGGACAGACAUUUCACGCUUAUUUUUCCAAAAUGUUUUAGUUUGUUUGCUUUUGUUUAAGGGUGGCAAUUAUAGGAGGAAAUUAUUCAUACGCAAAACCUGUAUGUAAGUAAAUAAAAAUAUUUAUAUAUGAAUUUAUUGUUGGAGUGACCAAAAAGAAAAAUUUUCGUGUGAAGAGUUUUCGUCAUAUUUAGCUAAAUCCACUUUUUAAUUUUUAUUCAAUUUGAGCCGUUAGAUGUACAUUCGGCAUAGUUAUUAUUUGCUUUUACUCUUAUCCUUGGAAGAAUUUUUUUUUUCAUUUUCUAAGUAUUGAGAGUUUUUACAUGAUUGACUUUCUAAUCUCACUAUUUCAUUAAAGGGGAAUGAAACCUUUGGAACAAGUGUGCUUGUGUGGAAACAGAAAAAUCAAAGAAUAAGAUCAACUGAUCUUUGAAUCUACUGAUAGAUGUGAUAAAAGAGGCAGAUUAAGUGAAAUAUAUUGAAAAGUCAUGGGAAAGUUGUUCACAUGUGACAUCACACAUUUUUGUCGCAUUGCCUAUGGGAGGAUCUACAUUACGAUAAUGAUCUGAACCUCAAAUGCUCAACUUUCUUACUAUCCAACUUUUCUCAAACUUUUGUUGAUCUGUUUCUUAAAUUUGUCUGUUUAUGCACAAGCUAUCUUGUUCCAAAGGUUUUAUUUUCCUUUAAUAACUGCUCACUAGCCAGCAAGAAAAAUAGAAAAUCAUAAAUUUUAUUGCAAUUAUUCACAAUAUGCGAUCUGUUUUAGGCCUUCCUUUUAAAUGAAGUUUUUGUUUUCUCAUGAACAUGAUGAAUGACAGCUUAACCUUUUUUGCAUGUACGUGUAUGUAUUUCUCAAAUAGUCUUUAAAAAACUUAAUGUCUUAUACAUGUGCUAGCAUACUUACAUGUAUACCCAGAUUGAUGCAUUGGUAUUGUAUAUUUUAUCUACACAAUAUCCAUUAGAUUUAUAGUCUCUAUAGCAGUUCAUAUUGGUGCAUCAGGUCUUUGCAUAUAUAUCAGAAAAUAGAUGAUUUCCACUUUUUAUGUACAGUGAUUAGUUUGACAAAAAGAGAUUAUGGCUGUAAAUAACUUCUGAAAAAUCUUAUAAAUGCAUUUAUUUUGUUAUUAUAUAAUGAAAGAAAUAGUUUGUAUGAUUAACCUUGUAUUUAGGCUAUCUGAGGUUUGUAAUUUUGUUGGGAAAAUUUUUCAUUUUUUCAUUUGCUGAUGACUUUUGCUGUUGUACACUUCUACAUGUACUUGGCCCUUUUUAAUUGCACAUCAAAUGAAUGCAUUUAACAUAUUGAUGCAUAUGUACAGAAUACAUCACCAUGAAAUAGUGAAUUUACCUUCAAUAAUUCUAUCAUUUUCUUUGAUAUUUUAUCAUCUUUAGGUUCUUCAAUUGCUUCCUUUUCAUUGCUAUGAUAAUAAAAUAAAAUAUAUGAAUCAAAA